UGGGAGAGGGCGUGCGUCUCUGUGGUUAUAAAGUUGUGGGCGGAGAAGCGUAGAGUGGCUGAGAGAUGAUGGCUGAUGAAGAGGAAGAAGUCAAGCCGAUCUUGCAGAAAUUGCAGGAACUAGUGGAUCAGCUCUAUUCAUUUCGAGACUGCUAUUUCGAGACACAUAGUGUUGAGGAUGCUGGGAGGAAGCAACAGGAUGUGCGAAAGGAAAUGGAAAAGACCCUACAGCAGAUGGAAGAAGUAGUGGGUUCUGUCCAGGGCAAGGCACAAGUUCUAAUGCUAACUGGGAAAGCACUAAAUGUGACUCCUGACUAUAGCCCUAAAGCUGAGGAGCUUCUGUCAAAGGCUGUGAAGCUGGAACCCAAGCUGGUGGAAGCCUGGAACCAGCUGGGCGAGGUGUACUGGAAAAAAGGGGAUGUUGCAGCUGCCCACACCUGCUUCAAAGGAGCUCUCACCCAUUGCAGGAACAAAGUCUCUUUGCAAAACUUGUCAAUGGUGCUUCGCCAGCUGCGGACUGACACUGAAGAUGAACGUUCUCAGCAUGUCAUGGACAGUGUCCGACAGGCUAAGUUGGCUGUUCAGAUGGAUGUCCAUGAUGGCCGCUCGUGGUAUAUUCUUGGGAAUUCAUAUCUCUCUCUUUAUUUCAAUACUGGCCAGAACCCUAAGAUCUCCCAACAAGCCCUCAGUGCCUAUGCCCAAGCAGAGAAGGUUGACAGGAAAGCUUCUAGCAAUCCUGACCUUCAUCUGAACAGGGCGACGUUGCAUAAAUAUGAAGAGAAUUAUGGGGAGGCCCUGGAGGGCUUCUCUCGGGCUGUAGCCCUGGACCCUGCCUGGCCAGAGCCCCGGCAACGAGAGCAACAACUUCUGGAAUUCCUGGAUAGAUUAACCAGCCUCCUUGAGAGUAAGGGAAAGGUGAAGGCCAAAAAGCUGCAGAGCAUGCUGGGAAGCUUGCGCCCAGUUCAUCUAGGCCCUUGCAGUGAUGGACACUAUCAGUCAGCCUCUGGGCAGAAAGUGACCCUAGAGCUUAAGCCACUGAGUACACUGCAGCCUGGGGUGAACAGUGGUGCCGUCAUCCUGGGAAAGGUGGUGUUUAGCCUCACCACAGAGGAGAAAGUCCCCUUUACAUUUGGCCUGGUAGACUCAGGUGGACCUUGCUGUGCAGUGAUGGUGUACAAUAUAGUGCAGAGCUGGGGAGUGCUCAUUGGAGACUCGGUAGCCAUCCCUGAGCCCAACCUGCGGCUUCACCGAAUUCAGCACAAGGGGAAGGACUAUUCCUUUUCCAGUGUUCGAGUGGAGACGCCCCUCCUGCUAGUGGUGAAUGGGAAGCCUCAGGGCUCUGGCAGUCAGGCUGCUGCCACAGUGGCAUCGAGACCACAGUGUGAAUGACCUUCUUUGACUUUCGUGCUCAACAGGGAGUGGAGGAGAGGAGACAAGGCCCUGGGCAGCUGGUCCAGCCACAUUCAGUGAUUCAGCAGGGAUGGGAGGAAUGUUUUAAAUGAAGGCUUUCCUUUUUCCUACCUGUAUUACACUUUGUAUUUCUUCUCUCUCUGUCCUCCUGAUGUUCCAGCUGUCUCCAGGGCCACAUACUCUUCUGGCAUAUCUCUCCUGCCUCUUCCAGUGCUCUCUAUGUUUUAAGAAAACAACAUGGAAUUGGUAGAAGUCUUGGGAGACUGCCAUGGGACAGAGUCCCCAACGUUCCUGUUCUUGCCUCCUUCUUAAGCCUCAUAUGUAUAUAUCAGUUCAGUAUUUAUUGCUAAAGGAGGGGGCUUAAUUUUACAAUGGCUUUUUUUUUUUUUUGAGCAGUUUUUAUUUUUAUUUGUAAAAUUUAGGUCCUUCCCCUUCUUCGGGGCUGGAACAGAAUUAAAUUUGUUUGGAAAAAAA